CAAAUUCAAGGGCUUUUUGUGAGAAUUUCAAAAUGGUAUAUAAUGGCCAACAAAAAACUACAAUUAGAAAAACGUUAUUUAUUAAUUGUAUAUACAUAAUACGCGAGGCGGACGACUAUAAGGUUUAUGAAGUGUAGUUAUAAAAUACCUUAAAUAGACUAAAUUAAAUAUAUUGAUUAUAAAACUCGACAUGUGCGAGUCGGAUUCGCCCACCGAGGGUUCCGUAGAUUUUUUUGAAUAUUUACUUAUCCUCGGUUGGACGUAGGUAUACACUAUCGUACUUUGUAACAAACGUAACAAAUAAAUCCGAAAUUCACCAUCUAUCUAACUAAAAAUUAUGAAAUAAAAUAAUUAAAUAAACGAAUAACCCGACUGCAUAAAUGAUACAAAAACUGAUUAAACUAAACUGGGGACCUAUUAAAAAAUGUAGACGUAAAUCAUUAUAUUCAAUAUAAUAGGUCCCGACUGUUUUCUAAUUUUUUUCUACACUUCUGGACUGAGCUUGUUUUUUUCUUUUCAGUUUUUGUAUCAUAUAGGCAGUUGGGUUUUUUAUUUGUUUAAUUAAUUAAUUUAUUAAUUUUAUUUAGUUUAGUACGAAAAUGAGUGAAGCGGAGCCUGGUACUAGCCGGAGCAGUUAUUCCGCAUUGCUAUCGUUUCCGUCACCAAAAAAGAAACGUACGAAGCUAUCACCCUUAUCGUCCUCCGAGAAAACCGUUUUGAUUAAUGUGUUUAAAUAUAUCGAGGAUACCUUAUGCUUGCUUAUACAUAAUAAAAAACAAAACUAUAAGGGUUCUUUAUUGACUACGGAACCCUGAAUAUAAGUGAAACAUUAUCUGUUAGAUAAAUAACAGGAUAUAGGAAUAUAGAAUAAAAAAAAUAUUGGUUAUCAAAGGAAGUUUUAUUUCAUGACAAUAUUCGUAAAUAAUGCUGUAGUAAAAUGUUGAGCACUCCUGAGUCAGCUGUUUUUGUUUAUUUACAUUGUUUAAAAUACCUACCCGAUCUGACUAUAGGCACAUCUGUCCUCCUCAGUUUUGAUGCGCUAGUGCCCUAUCACUAGUAUAAAAUAUCUUUGGCGACGUUACUAAACAGGUUACCAUAAUACAAUAAUAAAAAGUUUAUUUAAAACUAUAAUAUAAUAUAAUAAAAUCUUCAGUCCUACUUAAGAUUUAGCCUUGAACAUUGCUUGUGCCUUGUCGGCGUUAUUUUAUCUGAAACGAAUUUGAUGUUUUGAUGUACAGAGUAAAUUUUUAAGACAGGUAUUAUCUUUAAAACAUAUUUACUUAGCCAUAUAAUUAUUAUGAUUCCACUGACUCUACACUGACAGUAAUAAGACGAUAAGUCUGUUUGUAAGUGAAAAUCUCUUCAACAAUCAGGCGAAUAUGAAAAAAAUAUUGUUUUGUGUAUUGGAAUAUAACUUAUCUUAAAAUUUUAUUCCGUAGGUACCAGUAGCGAAGACUGAAAUUUUGUCGUAGGUAACCCGUUCAUUUGUGUUUAAGUCUGACUGUAUUUUUGGCUGAGUACGUUAAAUUAUUUACAUAAACACAACUCGUGGAUUUUUAAAAGCUUACCCGAUAGGAAUCGGGUUGUUAGUAACCAUCGCCCCUGGUAGGUACCUACAUGUAGAUUGAAAGCCUUUAACAGCCACACCUUCGUCUUUUUAUAAAAGCUGCCAAUCUUUUAGCUGUUAUAAAAUGCCAAAGUUCUGGCUAUCCAGGCUCCAACCAACUUCAGAUUUUUGUAUAAAAUAGCAUUAACAUUAUGAUAGCACAUUGCACAGCGCGGCAUCCCUUAGACUCGACACCUGGUAUUGACUCCUCUUAUACAAGCGGAUGCCCGCGACCGUUUUAAAUAACAUCAAGUUUUCAUCAGACCAUAGAAUGGUCAGAUCAAAAAUUUCACUUAAACUGAUAUUAUGUCAAUAGGACCAUUUCAGGAGUAAGUAAGUAAGUCCUUAUCAAACAAAAAAGAAUUAUCCAAAUCGGUUCAGGCAUCUUUGGUUGGGCAUCUUUGAGUAGUCGCGUAACAUACAUGCAACCAUAGAUUUACGAUUCGGUACAAGUGCUUUAUUAUUAUAUGCAUGCAACUUUCUGUUCCAUCUGUGUGAAAAUAAGAUGUGUCUCUGGGAUCUUGGUCUAAUAAUUACUAAUUCUAAACCAAGCGAGCUCACUUAAUGUCAAGUUUCACCUCUUUUUUUUAAUGACGUAAAAUUACUAUUUUAUGGGGGGCUAUUUUUCGUAUCAAAACUAAUGUGUAUGUCUUACGUAAAAAGGUAAGUACUUGAAUUGAAAAACACAUUUUUUUUUUGAUGGUUUUUCUUGUAAUUCCAUUACAUAUCCUACUUUCGUGAUUCUUUUUACGUACUCGUAUCUAUAAAUAACCGUUCAGCCGGCAAAGGGUGGGGACAUAUUUUACCGUUUGUAAAAUAUGAAGCUUUUUUUAUCCCUAAAUCAAAAAAUAGUGGUAGGAGACCCCUCAUAAUUUUUAAAAAACUAUUCAACAAUAACCCUCAUUAUGACAUGACGAAACUAUAAGGCAUAAGGGUUCCUUGUGGACUACGGAACCGGAAGUCGGAACUCGGAAUCCAAUUUAGAGUUCCGACUUUCGGUUCCGUACAUUAAUAAAUAGCCAUCAUCGAGUUAUCACGUUAUGUGAUAAUUAAAGCAAAGAGGGAGGCGUAAUCAGUAAUUACGACUCAGACAGAACUCACUUACUCAGAUACUCAGUGUCAUCUAUGAACUGUUUCCAGGCGUUUUCACGCUGAAACAGCUUUCAAAAAUACUUUAAAACUACUGAACCGAUUUGGUUGAAAAAAGGUUGGGUUUCGUCUUAUGAUUUGUAUAACGACAAACGAUAGCGCGGUUGAGUAACGUGCAGCGCCAUCUAGUUAAAAGAAUAUUUUACACUACCGGACGCCCGCGACUUGAAAGUCGAUGUAAACUUUCGAUUACCCUACCCUACCCAUUAAGGCUGCACACGCGACGGAGGCGUAAAAAAUGGAGUAACUUCGCCCGUUAUCCCAACAUUUCCCUUCACUACUCUGCUCCUAUUGAUCGAAGCGUGAUGAAAAGUAUACUAUAACCUGCCCAGGAGUGUGAAUAACAAUUUGUACCAAGUUUAUUUAAAAUCCGUCGAGUAGUUUUUUUUUCUAUACAUAUUUAAAAAAAACCAAUAUUUAACCCGAUUAUAGUUAAACAUUAUGUAGAACUGUAUACUCGUACCUACAUUAAAGUGGAAUGUAGGAAUAAUAAUAAUAAUGUAGGAAUUUGUCUAUUGAUGAUCUUUCUUCAAUUAAGUUUUACCUAGCCUAGUAUGCAUUAUCCAUGUUUCCGAGUGUAGGUAGGUAGAUAGGUAUCUACUUUUAUUUAUCUCGUCACGUUUAUCGAUCUGCUAAGAUAAUAAUGGUCUAAAUUCAAUGUAAAGGCGUUUAGAGAGAUUAUUGCUUUAAACCUUGAUUAUCGGCGAGAGGUACGUUACUUUAUUGUCUAAUGGUAGAUAGGCACUUUGACGUCCAAGUGGCGCAGUGGAUAGUACCUUGUAAAUCCUGGGCCGGGGAUUCGAUUCCCUACUAGAAUAAUUAUGGUUGUGUGAUGAGCAUAGGUAUUUUCCAGUUUGUGGGUGGUUUAUACCUAUAUAAUAUGUAGAUAAAGUAUAUUAUGAAACCAGCCUACGCCCGUGACUUCGUCCGCGUGGAAAUCAAUGUAAACUUUCAAGCCCUAUUCCACAACUUUAGAGGUUGAAUUUUAAAUAUUGUUUUUUUUGAAAUAUUGUCCAAUGAAAAGAUUUUACCUAGUUUUAUUAUAAGUAUAGAUAGAUAGAGAAGAUAGAUUAGUAUAUUCAUUAGCUAUUUACACGCCAUAACACAGCUUAUUUUGGGGCUAGAAAACAAUGUAGUGUGUGUAGUACAAAAAUUGGUCUAAUUUGCUAGCGAACCCUCCUGGUUUCACCAAUGGUUUCGUUCCUUUAACAAUAUGGGGAUAAAAUAUAGCCUAUGUUACUGGCUGACAGUGUAGCUUUCAACUGGUGAAAGAAUUUUUAAAAUCCGUCCAGUAGUUCCGUAGCCUAUUCGUUCAAAACAUCUUUCCUCUUUAUAAAAUUUGUUCAUAUUUAUCCUUAUUUACUUUGGUAGAUAUUUUGGUGAGGUAUUCUCUGAAAACAUUCGACCUUGUGUCUCGUUUUCCGUUUUUUUCGUUUUCCGUCUCCUGGUCUCAUACAUAGAUACUAGGCGCCACUAAAGUGGUUAAGUUUUUUGGCAGCGAGAUACCGUCUGCCUAUUUUAUAAGUCUAUUCCAAAGAGUAAACGCCAGCCACACACGAUCAACUUUACCGUCAAUGGGGAUGUCUAGGUGUAAAUACAUUGAUUUUUAUGUUACAUUCGGGUAAAUAAGGUAAAUGUUAACUAAUUUAUACAUAAAAAGCAAAGAUUAUCUGGAAUCUUUGCAAAAUAAAUACAGUUUCAGCUUCCUUACAUUAAACGUAACAUUUUUCAAUACAUGAACUAUAAAUAUAGACGCAAAAUAACAAAGAUAUUGGUAGGUAAUUUUGUUUGAACGCUCAUCCAAAUCUAUCGAUCAUUAUGACCUACGACGUCAUUAAAUCGUAUCAUUUUGUAUGGGCGUUUCUCAGGGAUCCGCGGCAGCGUCGCAAAUCUGACCCUUUUCCCUGUAGCUCCGAAAGAAACGAUCGCAGAUACCCUGUUACUUUUACAAAAUUGCUUUUCUAUUAGCAUAUUCUUAAUUUAUAUACAAUUAAAAAAAACUGUCAUCAUCCCUAUUCUGCAGCGCGCUUAUCUAUGUGGGCAGUGAAAGAUAUAUUGAAACAACACCCACAACUGUUUCGCCUAUAGUUAAGCGAAACAUGUGGGUAAAAUCAGGCAGUUUUUUGAAGAAUUUCUAUAAUUAGAAUGACGCAAAAUAUCUACUCGAGUAGAUGAUAUGGAAAAGCUAGUUUAUGAGGAAACAAGUAGCACUUAUAAUAAUAAGUACAAGUAACUGGUAGUUGACAAGUAACUACAUAGAAGUGAUGUAACGUGCUAUGCUGCCUGCAAUCAAAGUGAAUCGUGAUUAAUUCCACGUUUAGUAAAACAUACCUAAUAACUCUAAGGAUCAUCUUUACGAAAAAAUAAAGAUUUAAAGUGUAAACACAACACUUAAACCAAAUAACAAUAAAAAUUACAUUUUAUAUUAAUAUUUAAUAUUUUUCCGUUACCCGAUUGAGCUUAGCCUUGCAAUAUCUACUAGUGCCUACCUACAUCGUCGCAUUCUGAUAUGAAACGACUGGACCGCGAGAACUUUACGAUCGCAUUUUAAAGAUACAUUUUGACUUAAACAAUAUGAUAUUAUAUAUACAUUUUUUUUUAUUUUUUACAAGUUAGCCCUUGACUACAAUCUCACAUGAUGGUAAGUGGUGAUGCAGGCUAAGAUGGAAGCGUAACAUAACAUAAGCGUAACAUAAUGUGCUCGCCAAGACCUUUCGUUUGAUACCAAACACAUAGCGAUUAUCUCGAAUUAAUUUUUUUCGAGGUUAGAAUAUCAGGUUGAAAUUCCGUCAUAUAAUUUUUUUUAUGAAAUUUAUAUAGCCUAUGUCUCAAGUUGAAUUAUUACGAAUCUUUUGACACCUCAUUUAUUAAAAUUGGUUCAGUAGUUUAGGCGCUACGGUGGAGCAAACAUACAUAUAUACAUACAUACAUAUGCUUCUUAGCUUCAGCGGCUUUGAGAGACACCACAUUGUUUUUACGAUUGUUUUGCGAUAUGAAGUAGCUAUUUACUGAAGAUAAUCUCAUUGACAUUGGAGAGUACAGUAUCAUUAGUUUAUCUAGUGUAUCUAUAUCAGCACAUAGCACGGACUUAAAUUCCAACUGUAAAUGUGCAAGCACUAAUGAGUUUACUGCUUUUCCAAAAUGUUCCAUAAAUAGAUAGGUAUAUUAGCCACCGAAGAUAUUAACAUCAAAUCAAUAACAACCGCAUAUUUCGUAUUCCGUAGCUUAUUGCUAACGAAAACUACAUUGUCAAACACACUGGUUAGUUAGUAAUUUUAAUCAGUUAGCUUAGUUAAUAGUGAAAUUAACAAUAGCUGGUUAAUAAUUUUAAUGUAAGUAUAUCCACUAAAGUUACUCAAAGUUAGUGAACAGGCCAGCAGUAUUAAGUGAAAUACAGGAAACUAUCGUGACAUUAUUUCAGUGUUUUAUAGUCAAUUCCUCUUUCUCGUAGUUGCGGGAAAAUAUCAACAGUUUUCGCCCAGAUACAAUGAAGUUAUGACACUAAUGAGUUUAUUGAGAAGAGUAGUGGAUAUUUUAAAUUUUAAUUUUAAUUUUUUGACGGGCUCCAUGGUGCAGUGGUAUGUGCGGUGGAUUUACAAGACAGAGGUCUUGGGUUCGAUACCUGGCUGGGCCAAUUGAGGUUUUCUUAAUUGAUCCAGGCUUUGACCGUGGCUAGUUACCACCCUACCUAGAAAGACGUACCGCUAACAGAUUUAGCGUUCCGGUACGAUGGCGUGUAGAUGCUGAAAGAAGUGUGGAUUUUCAUCAUCCUCUUAACAAGUUAGCCCGCUUCCAUCUUAGACUUCAUCAUCACUUACCAUCAGGUGAGAUUGUAGUCAAGAGCUAACUUGUAAAUGAAAAAAAAUAUGUAUAUUUUCAUCAUUUAAGUAUCAAAGUCCAUUAAACGGUCCACUACAGGACCGGCUUGCCCCCCUCCUCCUAGGAGAGGGGUUAUGGAACUUAGAACCACCACGCUGCUCCAAUUUGUGUUGGCGGGUUUAUGUUGAUAACGAUAUCACUAUCAAAAUGUUAAUGAUAACGGCCGGGACCUUCAGGGUACGAUGUUCUUUUUCGCUAAUCAGUGAGGUAUUUACUCAGCAAUUUCUGUAUUUUAAAAGCUACAAAAUUUCAUUAAAAGUGUUCCUAAAAAACAACUAAAAUUAUUUUAAGAAUAUGAAUAUUUAAUAAGGCGUGCAAGAUUAAUGACCUCAAGCAUUAGUCGCAGUACCUGUGUGAAUGCCAUAUUAUACCUUUUAUAAAUGAUGUAUUUAUAAAAGUCACUCAGCGGGCGAUGGAACGAGCUAUUCAUGGGGUUUUUCUGCGUGAUCGAAUCAGAAAUGAGGAGAUCCGCAGACGAACUAAAGUCACUGAUAUGGCUCAGCGAGUCGCGAAGCUGAAGUGGCAAUGGGCAGGCCACAUAGUUCGAAGAGCCGAUGGGCGUUGGGUUCCCAUACCGUUUACCGUUGGUCGACUCUCCACUACAUCAAGCGGGUUGCAGGGAGCCGCUGGAUGCUGGCGGCUCGAGACCGUUUUGUUUGGAAGUCCAUGCAAGAGGCCUAUGUCCAGCAGUGGACGUCAAUCGGCUGUUAAUGAUGAUAAAAUGAUGUAUACAUCUAUAAAUAAACACCCACGCCGAAACCGCCGUUGGAAUUAUAUUAUUUGGUACCUAGUCAUUUUCAUUUACUCGUAAUAAACGGAAUUUACGUUAUAUCACCUAUACCUACGUUUAUUGCUACCGAACUGUGAAGCAUCCAUCUCGUGCUUAUGCUGGGUCAGCUAAGAUCAUACCAUAGAUUAAUAUAGUAAUACUGAUCAUACUAAUGGGAGACGAAAAAAAAUUGGGUGUAUGUGAAUGCUAAUCGUACACUCAACUACCGAACUGAAUUGACUGAAGUUUUAAAUAGAGAUAGAUUUCACUCUUAUACAUAAUAUAUAACGGUGAAGGGUGAUAUAAUGAUAGAGAUGGAGAUAGAUUUUAAAGGGGAGCUAAUAGGUUCAUCCAGGGUGAAUCCCAAUAAAAUUUAUCUCCAUCACUAUCAUGAUACCUGUAUGUAUUAUAUAUUUAAGUUAAUUCAGUUCGGCAGUUGAGUGAAAUUUUAAAUGGAGAUAGAUUUCAUUUUUAUACAUAUAAAUAUAACGAUAGAGAUGGAGAUAGAUUUUAGAGGGGUUCAUCCUGGAUGAAUUACAUACUGGCUACUGUUGAUUUUUUAUCCCCCACAAAAAUGUUUCGAGCAGUAUUUGUGAAAACAGUAAUACUAAAUUUGAAAAACAGAUUAUCAGGCAGACGAAGUCGCGGGCAUCAUGUAACAAAAGUAGAAGAUACUUUUACAAAAUGAUAAAUUUUUAUUUUUCUGCUGAAGUUGUUUAUACAGAUGAAACCAACGACCUUUCUUAUGAAUGAGUUUAUCUAUCAACAAGAUAAUUUUUCUCAUAUCAUCGAAAAGAAAAGAUCAGAAUAUUUUAUCCAGUGUAUGUGGUGUUCAAUAUGAAUUUUCAUUGCAUGUUUCAGAAUUUUUAAAUAAAAUAUUGCUAACUAACAGUUGUGAAUUGUUGAUAUAUUUUUUUUAUCUAUUACCUAGACAUAUUUUGUAUACUCAUCUAAAGUUAAGCCAUCGCGAUUACGUUAGAUUGACGUCGGCGAUACCAAGAAACUCAGAUGUACUUAAUCUAUAAACUAUUUAUUUUAUCUUGUCAUGUCACUGCUAUUGACCUUUUAAUAUGGUUCUAGUUCACAUAAAUGAUCUCAUUGGAAAUUUUGGAAAAUACCAUUUAUGGCUUUGUUUUUUGAUAUUUGUUGGUAAAUUUGGCGUUGGGCUACAUCAGAUGUCCAUUAUCGUCCUAGCUCCUCCCGCAAUUUACACGUGUCCCAGUAAUUCAACAUGUUGUGAGAGACCUGUUUAUGACACAACUGUCUUCACUCGGACUAUUGUAACUGAGUGGAAUUUAAUAUGUGGCAAGUCAUGGCUUAAGGACUUCACCCAAACUCUUUUUCAAUUUGGUGUUUUUAUUGGGAGCCUAUUGUUCGGCAUUGCCUCCGAUAGAUAUGGUAGAAAAAAGGCAUUACUAGUAUCAGCCGUAUUAGAAAUGUUUACUGGAAUCAUGGCAGCAUUCAUGCCAGAUUAUUGGAGUUUUACAAUCAUUCGAUUAUUUUUGGGAUUGGCUGUUGGAGGUGUUAUGGUGGCUGGUUUCGUUUUGAUUAUUGAAUACGUUGGAACUAAAUACAGAGACGAGAUAUCAGCUUUGUUUCACGUUCCAUUCACAAUUGGUCAUAUGUCAGUGGCGCUUUUCGGAUAUUUCAUAAGAGAUUACGUAAUUUUCCAAAUAUCGAUAUCUGUUGCAAAUUUGUUCAUGCUGAUUUAUAUAUGCUGCUUACCAGAAUCGCCAAGGUGGUUGUUGGCUAAUAAUAAAACAUUCGAAGCGAUCAAAAUUAUGGAAAAUAUUGCGGAAAUAAAUAAUCUUCCCAAAGAUGACAUACGACUACAAGUUGAAACAUAUCAAUUGCAGUCAGUAAACAAGAAACAAAAGAAAGGAAAUGCUUUAGAAUUAUUUCGUAACUCUAACUUAAGGAAGAAUAUUUUGCUAAUGUCAUUUGUUUGGUUUGUCUCAAGCUAUUGCUAUUAUGGGGUAUCCCACUACAUUAGCCACCUGACAGGCAAUUUAUUCAUCAACGUUUUAGCUAGCAGCGUUGUUUGUACAUGCGGAUGUUUCUUAGCUAUACCGUUAAUUAAGUUAAUUGGACGAAGGACAUUAGUAAUUAUCCUUAACAUCACCUGCAGUAUAUGUCUCCUAAUAAUUGCCUUUAUCCCUGAAGGCGUUGGAUCUAUUAUCAUGGGUUGCAUCGGCGUCUUACUUAGCUUUGUAUCAUACAUCGUUGUAUACUUGUAUUGUACGGAGAUGUUUCCAACUGUUGUUCGAAAUUCAGCGAUUGGAAUAUCAUCAAUGACUGCACGGAUAGGUUCUAUGGUGGCUCCGUUUGUAGCUAGUUUAAGACCUCUCGGAAAAUGGUGUGCUCCUAUAGCAUUUGGAGUAUUUCCGAUUAUUGCAGCAAUAAUAUGCCUAUUACUACCCGAGACUAAAGGUGUUGAAUUACCGAUGAUCAUAGAUGAAGAUGCAGAAAUAGAAAGAAAUAGUUAUACUCAUAAAAGAAAUACAGUGGAGAUGAGGGAUGGCAAUUUUAAGCAAGUAAAAUAAAAUAAAAAUAAAUGUUGCUUAAAUACUCGUCUAUAAAUAUAUGUAAAUGUGCUGCAGCGAUUGUUUUACAUAUUAUGAGGAUUGUUUUAAUACAGUUCCAUUUAUAGAAGUUGUACAAUCGCAAAUUAUUUUUAUGAAGUAGGUAAGUAAUCAAACUUCUACUGAGCAAAACAAAGGGGCAAACAUUUAUUGAUCUACGGACUCAUCUUUUCCAUAGAAGUCAAAAGGAAGAAUUAUUAUAACUAUAAAGUUUAUUGUUUCACAAGCCGAGUUCCGUUUAUUAUAAUCGAACAAGAUGUAAAUAAAAAGUUUUUGUAUCUAACGUUUUGGUUUCUACUGUAUAACAAAGUGGGUAUACUAAUGUAAAAACACUCUUUAGCAUACU